AUGACGGAGGCGUCACAGGAAUCGACUUCGAGGGUUUUCCUCCUGCAAAAGAGGAAGUCGUUUCGGCAGAGAUUGACCACUGUACUGAAUGAAGCCGAGCAAGCUAUGCAGGUCGUUGGAAGCUCUCAGGAUCACACCACUCGUUGUGAGGUACUGCUUGAGCGCAUCGUCAAAUUCUCAGCCAGCCUGGAUGACGUGGACAGAAAGUUGGAGUCUAUGUUUACAGUCGAGGAGGUUGAAGCCGAACUUGAGAGAAUGAUCGACUAUCAAGACCGGGUAACCACCAUCACCUGCUUACUGAAGAAACAUAUCGUCGCGCAGUCUUUGAGAGCUGGUUCCAUACUGGAGUCCAGAAAUCCUGGUGAGCAGGCGCUUCCCAUUGGAGAACGUAGUCGAACUGUAGGAGAUAGCCGUCACAGACCGCAGUUACCGAAGUUGGAACUCCUCAAAUAUAAUGGCAGUCAAGAGCACUGGCAGGAAUUUUGGAUAAGGUUCGAGUCCCUGGUAGACAUCGAUGCUUCCUUGUCGAACAACGAGAAGAUGUCCUACCUGACAGCGGUUCUUACUGGCGAGGCUGCAGCUUCAAUAAAGGGCCUCCAGCUGACGGGAGAUAUGUACGACACUGCGGUGUCGUACCGACGUGACACCGACUACCACUCGUGA